AUGUUUGGUGGUAGCGUUGCCGGCCGUGCAGCUGCUCUCGUGAGACCCAGCGUCGACAAGCCGUCAGUCACCAAGAGGCAAAUCAGUUUCUCGGGCGGUGGUAUCAACAUCGGCGGAGCAGGAGGUCUUCAGCUCGGCGGCGGUGGCAAAGGAAAGGGCAACGGUCAGGCCGGAGCGGCGGCAAACCAGACGGCCAACGGCGGUGGAAACGGCGGUCUCUCCGUCGGAGGAAUCCAGCUCGGCGGCAAGAAGAAUGCAGGCAGCACUGGUAACAGCGCCCUCGAUGCCUUCCUGAACGUGGCCAAUGGAAAGAAGAACGGUACCGCCAACGCUGGAGGUGCGGCUGGAGGCGCAGCUGGAGGUGCGGCCGGCGGCGAAGGGAAGGGCAAAGGAAAGGGCAAGGGAGAGGGUGGACCAGGAGCUAACCCAGGCGAGGCGGCAAAGGCUGAACAGGGCCUCGGUUCGAAUCCUGGCGAGGCGGCCAAGCAACAGGAGGCUGCGAAGGAGGCACAGCGGAAGGGCAAGGGCAACGGCGCUGGGACCGGGGCCGCUCCGCCGGCUGGUGAGGGACAAGCUCAGCCCGGACAGGCCGGUGAACCGGCGAAACCUGCCGGUGAGGGACAGGCUCCACCCGCACCGGGCGGCGAGGCGGCGAAGCCUGCUGGCGAAGGUGGCCAGCCGAAGGCAGUUCAAGAAUCGGAGCAGUUUAAGGACAAUGCCGGCAUCACCGUUGGAGCCGACGGCCAGGUCCAGAAUGUUGGCGGCAAUCUUGGCAUCACCAAAGGCAGCGAUGGCAGCACCUCUGUUGGCGGAAAGUCAGGUAUCAACAUUAGCCCCGGGGGUGCUCAAAGACAAGGCAAAGGCAAGGGUAACGGACAGCAAGCCGCACCUGCCACGCCACCAGCUGAGGGACAGCCGGCUGCUCAGCCCGCCCCUGCCGAGCCUGCCGCCCAACCCGCAGCUCCUGCCCCGGCACCGGCACCGGAAGCGGCCCCACCUGCAGCUCCGGCUACUCCCCCGGCACCGGAGGCUUGA